GUAGUCAGGGCAUUGGCGGUGUACUAAUAAUCUUCAACCUCGAGGUAGCCGAAAUCUUAAGUACCUACGUACAUCGUUGAGUGUCAAACCACGGAUACCUAAAUAAACUCGAAUCGCUUAUCGUAAUAACCAAUUAACAAAUCCACAAACCCGCUCGUAACGCAAUUCUAUACGCGUCGCGUUGUUCCACCUUAUUUCCAUGUUCCAUGUCUAACGACACCUAUCGUAAUUAAAGUGCGCUCUCUUCGCCGGGCCAAGCCAUGGAAUCUCCUGGCUAUCGUCACAAGGCACUUGAUUUUCGGUGAAUUCUACUUUUGGCACUGGCCCGAGAUGGAGGAGUAUACGCGGCCUCAUUUCUUUUUUCACGGCGACGCGGGAGACGAAAAGCUAGAAAGCGAGAAGCGCCGUUGCCACUUCUGCCAGAUUCGUUCGUUCGCGACGCAUACUCGAUUCCCCAUCACCAUCAUUAAUACCGAGGAUGAUGCCGUGCUCGACCCCGAUUUCCGGUUCAUGGACAGCUCGGUUCUCGGAAAAGGUGUAGAACCAACUAAGAGAGAGUUCCUUACCGGUUGCGAGUGCGUCGAUUCGGAGGACUGCCAAUACGAUACGUGCAAUUGCCUUCAAGACGUCGACGACGAUAGUUCCGACGACGAAGACCUCUACGAGACCUACGGCGCGAAACCUCACAAGAAAGUCUACGCGUAUCAUAGCCACGGCGCUAGGGCGGGCCGGCUACGUUCCAAGAUCCUCGCAUCGCGCGACCCCAUCUACGAAUGCCACGAGAGCUGCGCGUGCGGUCCGUACUGCCCAAACCGAGUAGUGGAGAGAGGUCGUCAGAUCCCGUUACAGAUUUUUAGGACCAAGAACCGCGGCUGGGGCGUGCGGAGCACCGUAGACAUUAAGAGAGGCCAGUUUAUCGACAAGUAUAUGGGUGAGAUCAUUACCGCCGAAGAGGCCAACCGUCGGCGAGCAUUGUCGCACAUCGCGCAGCGUAAGGAUGUAUACCUCUUCGCGCUCGAUAAGUUCUCCGACCCGGACUCUUACGACGACCGCCUGCGCGGAGCCCCGUUAGAAGUGGACGGCGAGUUCAUGUCCGGCCCGACCAGAUUUGUCAACCACUCUUGCGAGCCCAACAUGCGCAUCUUUGCUCGGGUUGGGGACCAUGCGGACAAGCAUCUACACGACUUGGCAUUGUUCGCGCUUAGAGAUAUACCGAGGGGCGAAGAGCUAACGUUUGACUACGUGGAUGGAGUGGAUGAUUCGGACAACGACGCUCUGGAUCCGGAGAAGCAGAAGGAUAUGACGCGUUGUCUAUGCGGAAGUAAAGGUUGCAGAGGUUACCUCUGGUGACGAUCGACAUAGACGAUCGAUAUAGGUAUGACGAGGGCUACCAAGUAUACCGUUGGCCUUAGGUACCUAUACUUGAGGUGAAUGGCAAGUUAUACUACCUUA